AUGAUUCUCACUGCGCCUGGUUGGAGACGCUGCAAGAUAUGGCUGCCAACUGAUGUCAUUGGCCAUCUUGUCGGUUUCUAUCCAGAUUGCAUGAGAUGGUGUUUGGAACGAUUGUAUAGGGUGUACUUGGUGGGUAACUCAGCUGCCUAUUAUUAUUAUUCACACCUGCGUUUGCUUUCUUGUCCGCAGAAUGCGCGGUCAGAAUUACUGACGGAUGCAGAAAAUGCCACGCUCCAUUCGCUUUUGGGACCUAACUGUCGUUCACGAGCGACAGCGGUCGUGCGUCUCUAUGUGGUAAAGGGUGCUCAUCAGUGGGUACACAAAUGUUAUGGUGUGGCGUGUUACGUCCGUGAUAAACAGGAACGCGCCCACUUUAUCCGCGUGUAUGACAUCGAUUCUCAACAGGAACUAUUUGGACAAGAGUUGUAUCUGGAAAUGCAAUAUACCCGACCGCUCCCCCGAUUUCAUAUCAUGCAAUCAGAUGCCGGCCCCAUGGGAAUCUCAUUUUCAUCGGCUGAAGAGGCUAAGUUGUUUGGAGACGUGGUUGUGGAACAGAUUGAGAGGCGCUUGGCUCGUGUCCAGGCCAGUCAGUCAGCGGAGCCGACGCCAACUGCUCCAGCCUCCACAGUCGCGUCAAAUAAUGGUAUCCAACCUGGAAUAUAUGAGCUGAAUCGGCCCAUUCCCACAUACCAGGUGUCGAUUCCGUCACAGAAAAAGACUAAAGGAAAAGGGAAAAAGGCCAAAUUGACUUCCGGCGAUAUCAGUGCUCCAUCUGGUUUUCGCCAUUUGCAACAUGUCGGUUACGAUAAGGAUACAAAGAAGUUUGAUGUCUCGUCAGAACAGAACGAAAUGCUGCGUGAAAUGUUGCGGAUGCUGGGGCAGGAGGACUGCCUCAAUGUGCCCGGUGAGCGGGAAUUCGUCGUCGAUUUUGUGCGCAGCUUCGGUUGGGACGAGGCGAAACGACAACUGUCUACUGCAAAGCGUGAAGGUGGUCUAGCUGAAGUUCCAUCGGCCGCUCGACCCGCAGCCCGUCGACCACCACCACCACCACCCUCGCAUCCACCACCUCCACCCGUCCCUGGUGGGUUUCAGCGACCAGCUGUACCACCACCACCUCCUCCACCUCCUCCCCCAAGUACAUCUCCACCAGACCAGAGUGUUCGUCCACCCCCACCAAUGCCCAGCGAUGGCAACAUCCCACCACCGCCUCCAGUACUCGAUUUCGAGACACCGGCAGCGCCGGAGCCGAAAACCCCUUCCACACCCGCAGCGGCGAAACCGGUUGCCGCACUUGGCACUGACCUUCAGUCGCAAAUCAUGGGAUUCCAAAAGGGUAGCCUUCGCAAGGUCAAUCCAGGAGAGGGUGUCCCGGGCGGACCCCCACCGCCUACACCAUCCGGUGGUGGCUCAGGGGGUAUGAACCUACUUCAGUCCUUGGCCAAUGCAUUAGAAAUGCGGCGCGCACAUAUGCGAAACCAAGAUAGCGAUGCAGAUUCCAACAGUCCUUCGGAUGGAGGUUCAGAUGACGAUUGGGGAACCUGAAACUGGUAUUUAUUCGGGUUCGAAUUACUGGCGUACUUGCGAGAACUUGCACGUGCGUGGCUUUUCCGAUAUACUGACCGUAAUGCCGGCCUAAAUUUGUUUAUAUUGGUCAUUCCUUUUUCUAUUCAACUACGCGAAGGAUUCAUGUUUACAGAUUGAUCCCACGAUGAUUUGAUUUAUAGAUACUUUAUUGAUCAGUGCCUUAGCUAUUCACUCUCACUCUUUCAAAAGUCUUGCCUGGGCUUGUGCACUGCACCACCACUACACUGCCAGCUGUGGGCCGCAUCCAUGCUACCUCCCCCCACCGCAACCGGCAAAACGCCCACAGUUACAUCCCUCCUGUGCACACACGCAAAUGUUCUGUUAUUUUGUUCACUACACAACUUUUGGAAGUAAGCUCCUUCCCGCCUGAGACGAAAUCAGUGUAUGAUGCCAUUGUUGAACACUAUUUUUUUCUUUUUCUCUCUUUUUCGACACCCACGAUUACGCCAAUUUAAAAAACCGUGAACUUUUACGUUCGAAUGGUGGGUGAGAGUGACUUGGGUAUCGUAUGGUCGCGGGAUUGAUAAAACUGUAAUCUGGACAACGCUGCCUUGGUUAGUGAGUUUCUCAGAUUAUUGAAAUUUGUUUCUUCUUCUAUUGAUGAGUAAUAUAGAAAGAUAGGUUAGGGAAUGGUGGGCGGAUGUACUAACCAAGUCCCAGAUAUGGUCAAUCGGAGAUAGACAAGUAUCAUCCUCUGUGCUCAGUAUUGUCGUCCAUCUGGGUGAAGAAAUCCACCAACUUAAUGUCGCAAGAGGUAGCUAUUUGCAGAACGAACUUCCUGCUUGAAAAUCUACACUACCGUUCUCGGUCCCCCCUUGAAUUAGUGUACAAUCCCUCGAUGACGAGGUUCCUCUAGCAAAAGUCGCAUUUCCAUGUGGUCUUUUUGAAUGAUUACUGAAGACAGUGUGACAGUUUGAAGAUCUUGAUUACUGAUGGAUAGUGAACCUGGAAGGCACUGACUAUAGCUGUCCGUUUCCUACUUUAAGUAGUUCGACCUGCGAAUGUUGCGGAAAAUUCUGACGUCUAGCUUCCCCGUAUCACCGGUUAUAAAGUUUUUCUGGACCAUAAGCUGGUCAGCGGAAGUUCCUGGUCUUCUUAUGCGUACUGGUGAUUAGCUUAGUUGAGUAGUCAUCAUUGUCAGCUGUAAGAACCGCGUAUUUGUCGUACACUGAACCUUCCAUCUGAGGAGUUUUCACUCGGAGAGCCAGUCAGUACACGACCACGUGAUGUGGUUUGUGUAAUUGAAGGAUGAGUGGCGCUAUAUCCUCUGUAAGUGAGGACCGAUCGCACUGCUGUUGAUCCGCUGGUGGCCGAACGGUUGCGCUCGAACUGUUGUCCAAGUCCCUGGAAUUUCAUGAGAUGCUGACUGCUGGUGAUUUUCACUGAGGAUAAAAGGGCUGUGGAGUGCUUCUAAUCAUUUCAGCAUAAACUAAAUUUACUUACAAAACGGAUUCUUUAUUGAAAAUCCCCGAAUGCCUCACACUCUACAGAGGACCUUAACAUUUUCAAGUCAGUGGUCUUCACUCUUGUUGACUCAACCGGGUUUCAAGAAGCCUGCCCACAAGCAUUUAGCUCCGUAUGGAUGGCAGAAGCGCAGAUUGCAUACCCGCUCUUUAACCAGUUUCACUUGCACAUCCGCAGACUUGUUUACAGACCUCAGAAGUUCGAAGUAGAUGUGAAUCUCGUUUGGACCAGUUCCUUUCUUAUUCAGACAACCUAACUAAAGGUGAAUGGUUAAUCUUAUCUGAACAACCGUGAAGGCCAUGUUGGGCGAAAUGUAAGUGGGCACUGGAAACCCCAUGCAUGUGAGGCCUUUCUUCGUUAUUAAGCCUCGUAGUGUGUGGCGGGAGGGUGGUUGAGUAACAAUUUCCAUGUGUCGUGUUCUGAACCAAGCAAUGAUUUCUAAUCGGUUUUCUGUGACGCCCAUCAAUCUCAGGAACCCCGAAUUCCAAAUUCGGUAAUGUUUGACCUUGGACUGGGACUGUUCGAUAGGCAGUCAUAAGUUCAGCAGUGUACUUGUACUUGGUUCACCAACCGAUGAUCAUCUCUUAUCGAGGGAUCUGCUUUCCUCAAUCCGCUAAGGCUGUUAUCGGACUGGGACUUCCUAAGGUCGCUUGCCAUUGUGGGCUCCCUGCGUACUUAUGACACUUUUAUGCGUGGC